AUGAAGUUCUUUGUCGCCAUGACCGCCAUCUUCACCACCGUUUCGGCCGUCACCAUCUCGCUCCCCUCCGGUGUUAGCAUCCCCAGCGGCGUCACCCUGCCUUCUGGUGUUGUUGUCGUCUCGGCCGGCGCCUCCGCGACAGCCGCUGCCGACUCCGACUCCAACGCCAAGGCUAAGAACAAGCGUCAGAUCAACAUUCCUGGACUCCAGUCCAGCAGCACCACCGCCGCCGCCGCCACUGCCAAGGCUAAGAACAAGCGCCAGAUCAACAUUCCAGGACUCCAGUCCAGCAGCACCGCUGCCGCCGCCGCCACGGCCAAGGCCAAGAACAGAGUCUAA